AUGCGCUUCUACUUCCAGGAUGGUGGUGAAAGAGUACUGACGAAGUGUGUCCGUGUGUCUAGUACUGCGACAACACGUGCCGUUGUGGAAGCGUUGACUGACAAAUUCUUGCCGGACCUGAAAAUGCUUUCUGAUGACACUUAUAGUCUCUGGGAGGAUCUUGAAAUCGAGGGCGUCAUGCGCUUCUACUUCCAGGAUGGUGGUGAAAGAGUACUGACGAAGUGUGUCCGUGUGUCUAGUACUGCGACAACACGUGCCGUUGUGGAAGCGUUGACUGACAAAUUCUUGCCGGACCUGAAAAUGCUUUCUGAUGACACUUAUAGUCUCUGGGAGGUUCACGAAAGUGGUGGAGAGCGGAAACUAGAUGACGAAGAAAAACCCUUACUGGUGCAGCUUACCUGGCAUCGCGACGAUCGCGAGGGACGGUUUUUGUUGCGGAAAAAUCGUCAAGGAUUAGCUCCACUAGCUACAAUACAGCUGCCAGAAGAAGAGAACAUGAAACGUGGUACAAAACGGUUUUCGAAACGUGAAAAGAAAGAAAUGAAGAAAAGACAUCAGAAAGAUAUAAUUACUGUGAACACUGGCCGCGAGGAGGCGUUAGCGCCGGUUACUGAUCUCUAUUGUCAGGUUCCACCUAAUUCAUUUACUCGAACGAUAUCGAAUCCUGAAGUUGUGAUGAAGAAGAGGAGGGAAAGGAAGCUGGAAACGAGGUUGAAGGAGAUGGGUCAUGGUGGAAGUUUGAAGAUUUACGGUGGUGAGUUAGUGCCAUCACGACCAUAUGUGACGAUAUUGGUCUCGAUGUACGAUCGUGCUGAUAAAAUUCUCGCUGAAGCAUUGGAAAAGUACGGUAUCGACCCGAGUAAUGCAAUCGACUAUGUGCUAGUUGAGGUGCCGGUCUCGGAACAAACCAGUCAUAGUUUCAAUGAUCUUCGCAAUCUUCCUUCCGAUGGCAGAGUAAUCGACGCAGAUGAAGCUCCACUGAUGCAGAUGGCUGCAAAGGGUAACGGGUAUCCAGACACGUAUCUUGCGCUAAGGAGAAAGCAGAAUCGCGGUUCUCGAGUCGUUGUUCAAGAUCGUGCUAACAAUGUGUCAGAACAAGCGAACAUGAUGCCCUCAGCAGGAAAAGAACCAACGUUGCACUUUCUCGCACCCGAUGGCUCUCCGAUGAACCCACCGCGUGCUCUUAAUCUGAGUGGAGGAGUCACCGAAGUAGGAAGCGACCGAGCACUGGCCCAAUUUUCGGCUCAGAAUAUUUGCCUCGAUGGUGCAGAAAUGCGUGGGCGGCAUUGUGUUAUUACAUACAUGGACGGAAUUGUUACAAUCACUCCGAGUGCUGCGGAUGCGAUAAUUGAGGUGAAUAAUCGUCGUAUUGGACAGACAGAAAUUCUACGUGAUGGCGACCUUCUUCGAAUGGGGCAAAACAACUUAUUCCGAUUUGUGAGCAGUCUCAAGCCUCGAGAUAUGAUGAGCUUCGUCAUUCCGACUAUAGCACGCUGUCGCACGCGAUUGAACGCGGCCCAG